GGGGACCUGGAGAAAUCAACUACCUGCCGUUCACCUGUCAGUCCAACAGCCAAAAAAGGCAACAUGGCCGAGUCCAAGUCACUCGAAGAGCUGAAAACAGAGCGAACUACAGUAAAGAGACUUUUUUCCCGACUCACCAACCAUAUAACGAGGACCCACAUGGAGAUGUCUGUGGAGGAGCUGCAAGAUAACUUCAAAAGACUCACAGCAGAGGGCGCUAAAGUGAUGGAUGCAAAUGAGGAGCUUGAGGCUGCUUACAUUGCACAGGGCAAAGGAACCGAAGCAGAGGGCGCACCUGAGUUAAGCGACCAACAGAGAGCUGACAUAGAGAAGACGGAGAAAGAGUGUGAGCAGAAGUUAAAAGAGGUAAAGCACCUUGUCCAGGAGACAUUAUGGGCCUCAUGUGGUGAAAGAGAACUGACCCUUGCUCUAAAAGCUGCAGAGGCAGAGUGCGAGAACGUCUCCUCCACUCAGCCUGACACACCCCUGGAGGCAUAUGACUUUAUGCUCCGCCAUUUAGAGAGCCUGGUGCACAAAGCCAAAGAAGCGCACCAGACCUGGAACCGCUGGGCUCCACGAGCCGAGAAGCAAGAUUUCAAUCGUCGGCUAACGGAGCUCGAAACCCUCCUUCCCAAGCUGGUGUCGAGGAAAGCCGCCCUGAUUGGAGCAGCAAGUAUUAAAGAGGACAGCAACAGAGUACCUGUCACAGCCCACAGCGCAGCCCCUGUUGCAGCCAUAAAGCUAAAAGCCACAGCUUUACCAAAGUUUACCGGCAGCCAGCGUGAGUAUUACAGAUGGAGGAAAGAAUGGGAGGCUCUACAGAAGCAAGGUGAACCAACCGGAUCCAAAGAGGUGAAGAAAUUUCAACUACUUGAUAGCCUCGACGAAAGAGUGGCCAAGGAUCUACGGCUCUCUACUUACACCUCAGCAGACGAGAUCUUCAGAGUCCUAGAGAACCGCUACGGAAACCAAGCCACCAUCGCUAUUGAGAUUGUCGAGGAGCUACAAGCUAUCCCACCUGUUCGUGGUAACCACCCAAGAAGAAUCGUAGAGCUCAUCCAAGCAGUGGAAAAGGCCCUCUAUGAUUUAAAUGAACUAAGCAAUGCAGAUGCCAUAAAAAACCCACUAGUAAUAAAAUCCAUCGAGAGCAAGCUGCCAGAGUCCCUGAAGAAAGACUGGCUUACCCACGCUGCUGACCCAAGAAAUGCUGUAAGCCACCAGAACCGCUUUGACAAGCUACUGGCAUACCUCCAAUCCCAAGAGUCUAUCUACGAGCAGUUAGAACAGCUGAGAGACAUCGACCCUGCCAAGGAGAAGACCAGGUUUCAAACAAAGUAUGCCCGAACAAGGACAACUAAAUCCAGCAGUGAAUUAGGAGGCUGCAUCAUCUGCGGAGAUCCAAAACACAAAAGAAAGCUCUACAUCUGCAGGAGGUUUAGAACCACCACAAAGCUCCAGGAAAAGAGGGACGCAGUGCAACAGCUCGGAGCCUGCAAGAGGUGCCUCGAAAUCCACAAUGAACCCUGCAGAAAAACUACUUACCUGUGUGGGAAUCCAGAGUGCAGAGACCAACACCACUACCUUCUCUGUCCCUUACCCAGACAGCUGUCCCAAAGACCCAAGUUUGGUCCGGUGAGAGCUGAGGGGAAAAAUUACACCGAGGCCCAGGAAGAGUUUCUUUCCAAACUUUCACCUGAGCUAGCGCAGCAGUGUCGCAAUGCUUUCUGCAACAUCGCAUCUCGAGCAUACAACUCCACUGCAGCAGAGAGAGGAGAGAGAGGCCUUCUGGAGGAGACUGGUCUGCACGAGUACCCUGUGAUCCUGAUGCUCCUUAACGUCACUGCCAAUGACGGGCAAAGAAUCGGAACACUUAUUGACCUGGCGUCUGACACAAAUUACAUAACCCACAGAGCUGCAAGCAAGCUGAACCUUCGCAGUGAAGAUGUCGCACUAGUCGUCCAUGGCGUCGGAGGGAUGAAAGUAUCUGUCGCUACAAAGCGCUACCUCCUCAAGAUCAGAGUCAGGACUCCAAAAGGAACUCUGAAGUCUCACCAACUGAUCUGCUACGGACUUGACAAAAUUGCAGAGGUGCACCGACAUGUUCAACCUGACAAGCUGCAGAAAAUCUUUCCUGAUGUUCCCCUCAAAGACUUCAUCAGACCCAGAGAAAUCCAGCUUCUGAUCAGCCACAAAGAAGGCCAGCUGGUGCCCCAAAAAAUCCGUUCAAUUGGUGACCUGGUGCUCUGGGAGGGUCCACUAGGCAAGACAGUCGGGGGCAUGCAUCCAGACCUCUUUGAGGAAGUCACCCUGAUGGCCCAUUCGUCCAAGACUCACUUCGCCAGAUCAAUGAGAACUUCAGCAGUCAAAUAUCUCGAAUUCAAGACAGACCCAAUUUCCUGCCAGUAUCCCGACCACCCCGAGACCCAGUCUAACACAGCCACCAGCAGCAAAGACUUUCUGAAGUGGUGGAGGUGGGAGAGCAUCGGAGCCGCCUGUCAGCCGAGAUGUGGAGGGUGUCGCUGCGGGAACUGCCAGCCAGGGGGAAAGGAGAUAACUCUUGCAGAAGAAAGGGAGAUGGAGAUCAUAAGAAAUGGUUUGACAUACACGACUGGAGAUGUACACAGCACCGAACCACACUGGCAUGCUAAGUAUCCGUGGACAGAAGAUCCAGCAACCCUGCCAAACAACAGGAAAGCAGUAGAGGCAACAUUCCUCAGAACUGAGAAGCAGCUAUCAAAAGAACCUGAGUGGAAGGCGGCCUACGCUGCACAGAUCCAUGAGAUGGUGAACCGCAGGGCCGCAAUGAAGCUGUCCAAAGACAUUCUGCAGAGUUGGACCGGGCCAGUGUGGUACAUAAGUCAUCUCAUUGCACUAAACCCACACUCAGUCUCCACCCCAGUCAGACUAGUGUGGAACAGCAGCCAAAAGUGCAGAGGUCUCAGUCUGAACGACAUCCUCAUCAAAGGUCCUGAUGUCCUGAACCCAAUCCGAGCUGUCUUAUUGAGGUUCCGAACUGGUGUCUACGCUGCCCUUGGAGACAUCCGGAAGAUGUACAACUCUGUCUGGCUGGAAGAUCGAGAGGUCCACCUGCACAGAUUCCUGUGGCGUGACAGUGAAGAUGCCGAAAUAGAAGAUUUUGCCAUAACAAGAGUCAACAUCGGAGACAAACCUGCCGGUUGCAUAGCCCAAGUCGCCAUGCGAGAAACUGCGAACUUACCUUCAUUCAGUCACUUCAAGGAAGAGAGACGCGUGCUGGGAGAAGAUGUAUACGUCGACGACAUCCUGACUUCACAUAACGACCUUGACCAUCUGAAAUGCCUCACAGCCAACAUCAAACACAUCCUGAAAGCUGGAGGAUUCCACAUAAAGCCCUGGGUUUACUCCAUUCAAGGUGGGAGGAAAGAACCCAAGGAUGAGAUACCAAAGACUAUGAUCCUACCAAACCAGCUGACAAAAGACGACAACAAAGCCCUUGGCCUUGGUUACACCAUCAAUGACGACAAACUCCAUGUCAUGGUUGCAGUUAACUUCUCAAAGAAAAGGAGAAAGAUGCGCCUUGGUCAAAACCUGCUCAGACAGGAGGUCAGAAAUCAAACACCUGAUCCACUCACCAGACGAGAGCUGCUAAGCCAGGUUUCUAGCCUGUAUGACCCACUCGGCCUUGUGACUCCUGUCAAACAAAAGGGUGCCAUCCUGGUCAGGAGAGCUUUUCAAGAAGCCAAGGUAAAAUACUGGCUAGAAGACUCGUGGGAUGCUGCUUUGUCUGAAGGUCUCAGAGAAGACGCUAUAAAGCUAUUGGAAGAAUAUGCUGACCUGAGCCAACUUCGUUUCACCAGAUCCCUGACUCCACCAGAUCUCUGCGCAGAGCCCAGUGCAAUCACAUUCUCUGAUGGCAGCCAACACGCAUAUGGCGCAGUGAUGUAUCUUCGCUGGAGUUGCAACCGUGGUGUCGUUGUGAGACUGGUCGAAUCCAAAUCCAAGCUGACCCCCCUUGACCACAAAGGGGAUCCUGUAAAAGCUGAGAUGUGCGGAGCAGUCUUCGCAGCCCGCCUCAAGACCUACUUCCAGAGACACUGCCGACUCCAGGUCAAGAAAUGGUAUCAUCUUGUCGACAGUCAAACAGUCCUGGGUGCAAUACAGCGUGAGAGUUAUGGCUACCAGACUUUCUUCGCAAAUCGCGUUGGUGAGAUCCAGAGCAGUACCGACGUCCAAGACUGGUGGUGGAUUCCAGGGCCAGCAAACAUCGCAGAUAUCAUCACUAGAGGGGCCAGUCCAGAUGCCCUAACUGAGGACUCCGAGUGGCAGUCGGGUCCAAAGUUCCUCCAACUUCCUGACGAUGAGUGGCCAAAGAAAUCCGCCAGAGACGUCGCAGCCCAAGCUCGGGACAAAGUCACAAGGAUCCAGAAAAAAACAUUUGUAGCACUACUCUCCAGAUGUCGCCUGAAAACGGCACAAAAUCCAGCCCAGCUAGAGUAUGAAAGACCACCAGCAGGAGCAGCAGUCCGGCAUCUAGUCGAUGGAAAGCGCUUCAGCAACCUGAGAAGGCUGAUUGGGACUGUGGCUUGGAUCUGGAGAGCAGCUAAAAAGUUCUUAAGUGCCAAAACCAGAGACCAAGAAAAGUGGGAGGCAGUACCAUCCUCGGGUAUCCUUACAGUCAGAGAGAGACGGGACGUGUUUCGAGACCUUUGCCUAGCAGCACAAGAGGGCGUCAACUUCCCAGGCACCACAACAGACAGAUUAGUCGUCUACAGAGACCAAACAAGUGGACUUCUAGUUUGUGGUGGGAGAAUCCAGACCUUCAAAGAAGACCGCAGAGCUGUUCCCCUCCUACCUUUCCAAGCCUGGUUAUCUACCCUGCUAGCCAGAGAAGCACACAGUAAGGGACAUGAAGGUGUGGCGGGAACCCUGCUGCGGAUGAGGAUAAAGGCGUGGGUCAUCAGAGGAAGGGUCAUUGCCCAAAAAGUCGUUGACAAGUGUAUCGUCUGCAAGAAAGCAAAAGCAAGAACCUGCAAGCAAAUAAUGGGAAACUUACCUGAUGAGAGGUCUAGUCCUGCUGCACCAUUCGAGUUUACGUCCGUUGACCUGUUUGGACCUUACCAUGUUAAGGAUGAUGUCAAAAAGAGAGUGACCAUGAAAGUAUGGGGCGUCGUGUUUUGCUGUAUGUCCAGCCGAGCCAUUCAUGUCGAGCUGGCAAACACACUAUCAACAGAGAGCUUCCUGCUUACCUACCAGAGAUUCACCGCUGUCCGAGGCCAUCCCCGUAAAAUCUGGUCUGAUCCUGGUACGAACUUUGUCGGAGCGAGACCUGUCCUAGAAGAGAUGUACACUUACCUGAAUCAACAGAGCAAAGAGUCACUUGAAGAGUAUGCUGCCAAAAAUGAGACGACCUGGAUGUGGAAAAUCCUCCCGGCCGAUUCACCUCACCGAAACGGAGCCGCCGAAGCUGCUGUCAGAGUCACCAAGAGAGCCCUCCAAAGCCUUGGCAAUGUAGAAGGUCUUACCUUCAGUGAGUUCCUGACAGUGCUCCAGCUAGCUGCUAAUCUUGCCAAUGAGAGACCCAUUGACGCCAGAGUCCAAAGCCGAGAAGAGCGCAUCCAGUACAUCACGCCAAACAACUUAUUGCUUGGUCGAGCUACACAAAGUGGAGACUUCAAAACUGUCGACUACACCACCUACCCAUUCAAGAGGCUCAAAGAAGUACAAACGAUAGUAAACAACUUCUGGAAGUCCUGGAGCCAACUUGCUGGCCCGAACCUGUUCAUUCGCAGUAAGUGGCAUACUGCUGAAAGGAACGUUACCAUUGGAGACAUAGUUUGGCUCUGCGACCAAAAUGCACUGAGAGGGCAGUUCAGGCUUGCAAGAGUCAUCGGCGCAAAUCCUGAUUUCAGAGGUGUCGUUCGAGAUGUUCAUGUGAGAGUCUCCCCAAGUUCCAGCAUCUCUGUGAGAAGCUCAAGACCUGGUGCCGCAGAUCCUGGAUCAAGUACCAUACUGCAUCGGGACGUCCGGCGCCUUGUGGUCCUCAUACCAUGGGAGGAUCAAGUCAGAGACCAGCCCACCUGAGAGUACGAUCUUUCCGGGCGCCGCCACGUAAAGAUCGAGUGGGAGGUGUCGCGCUGAUCUGGCAGAGGUGCGCCUGUCUCCCGUGUGCCCGCCUCCUCCUGCAUGCCGUCUCACCUGCGUGCCGCCCCGCUCUGCAUCGGCAGCCGCGUGUGACCGUGCGUGCGCGCCCUGGCGCACCCUCAACCAGGUGAAUUAGAUUGAGCAAUCAGAAGCUCGCACACACUUCAAUCAGCGGGAGCAUAUAACGCAGUCAUUUGGCUGGUGGAAGGGGACUGACACGACGGAAUGAGCAGCACACAUCCACUGCGGGGAAUGAGACUUUUGAUUUGACGGGCUAUCGGUUUUUCACCUAUACUGUUCAACUCCUGUUCAAUUAUUCAAAUAAAUUAUUCUGAGUGAAAUCCGAAGUCUGGUCCUUUUCAAGUGUGGACACCUCACAGUUAAAAGAAACACUUGACACUCAUAAAGCUAGCGUGGCUUCAGACUCAAUUUUAGACAACAAUGGAUCUUAAUGGCACAAAGGAAUAAGAUACAUCAGGCUUUGAAUACACACAAAUAAGUUUUAUAGUACAGUAGGAUCAGUUAAUACAGAUCCUUUAAAAGGUUAUGAUUGGUAAAGAUUAAAUGGUGAGGGUGCCGCUGGAAUAAAGCUCAUCAUGCCCAAAAUGCAUUCACUUCAAUUAAAUUUUACUUAUAUAAGUUAUCUCAAUGCACUUUUUAUAUAGAGCAAGUCUAAACCAUACUCUUUAUAUUAUUAGUUGGGUUCAUCCUCUGGGGUUGAUUCACUUUCUGGCAAUCUACCUGUUAGAUUUUGAUAUUUCCUGCAUACAAGUUGAGGUUUUGAGCUGAUGGUGGUGCUAGAGGAGAGAUUAGGGGGCAUAAAAUCAUUAGGAUUCAUCCUAUGAGGACCAUGAAUAUUCAGUCUGCCUUCCCUGC